AUGCCGCCUUCCCAAGGUGUUGUCCAACCGUGGCAGGGGGGCAUCAAGCCUGCAAGGGCGGAUGAAGUCUUGGUGUUAUUGACAACGACCGCGGCAGACACUCGUGCCCAAGGUUGCCGCAAAUCGAACUGCCUAGCAGAGGAACCAAUGCCGUCAGCAGGCACGGGGGCGCACGCGUGCGCACCGUCGCCCCGGUUCCGGUGGAGGCGAUUCCUCCGCAGCCGGCUGUCACGUGGGAACACGUUAGCACUACUGCGCGUCUGUGGGGUCGAAUCUCCUCCGCGUCCUGCCGAUCAAGUUGCUUUUCGGCCGAGCACUGCAAGUGUGUUCGCACUCGGCAACCCCCAUUAUGCCAGGUCGUCGCCUGAUGGGGUGGCUCGAAGAGUAGAACCGGCACGGCGGCUUCCGAGGGACUCGAACAUCGGGACUUCGGGAACCUCAAGCGCUGAUGCUGGGCAAUCAUUUAUUGGAGAAGAGGUGUACGCAGCAAGUACGAAAGAAACUGUGGUUGCACGUAGAUGCGAUGAUGUCCACCGAAAUGUGGUCGCAUCACUCCCAGCCUGGGAUAGCGAUUCACGUGGGUAUGGUGACGGGCCGUGCGUACUUUGGGUAACGGCUGGGGGCACAUCUGAACGUCUCGAAGUUGCCAGCAUCGACGAGUUGACAGAUGAGGAGCAUUCUUCUAUUUCAAGGAAUGACCAGAAGACAUCCACUAUGCUCAACAAAGGCAGCCUCACGGCAAUGCACCCUGGGCAGCGGCAUGAAGGUUGUGCCAGACCGGCACACGGUGGUCAGACGUCCCUGUCGGCGAUUUCACCAGGGCCACGCAGCAGGUGUAUUGAAAUUGGAACUAAGCAAAAUCUGUCACCCAUGGGUGUUACACACAAUAGUACUGGGACGUUGUUCCUUUCUACCCUUGAGUCGGCAGUGGCUUCUACUGCGUGGCCAAAUUGUGAGAUUUCUCUGAGGUCACAGUACCAUUCUGGCGCGGCCGGCAGUUGGUUUGCCAGAACCCCUAGAGCUGACGCGAAGUCACCUGACGUUGUGGCUGUCUCAUCACGUAGCUGUCUCAACGUGCACGGCCGGGGUGAUCUGCAGCAGUUCCCAGAGCAGGGAUGCUCUUCGCUCGGAAAGCAGCAGUUGCAUGUCGAAGGAGGAAGCGUCUUCGUUCCGUCAAGAGGAAUGCUCGCCUCUACGGCAGGGACGAACCGUUCGUAUAGAAAGGGUAAAUGGAGUUUUGCCACAAGACUGUUUUUGUUCUCUCUACGGAAAUGGAAGGGCCGCGAUGAUUUGGUUGGUGCUCCCAGCGCUUCCAUCUGGAAUCACAGGGACACUCAAAGGGUUACAAACGCACCACGCUCGUUAGAGAAACCGGAUACGUGCGGCUCACGUCCGUUCGUAUGGGGGACGUGCUUAUCGUCUUCCUGCUCGGAUGAGGUGACGGCAACUCAACAUGGCGGUCGGACAGGUAAUGAAUGUGGCAAAAGCGUACCACACCCGGAGGAGGAAGACAGCAACCCUAUUGUAUGCUCACGAAACGAAAUGCCCGACUCGCGAGCGCCAACUCAUAUCCCGGCGAAGCGAUCCCUAGAGAGCAAUCUUCAUCUCAAAAGCCAUAUUGCGGUCUCAGGGGACGCACAAACCUUUUGCCGUAUUGUGGAUACCCCGCAGAUGCGUGACCAGCGGAGACGAGGUACUGCAGAGGGACCCGGAAUUUGCGACAAUGUAGACACGUGGUGUAAUAGUACUAAUUAUGGCGAGGUCCAUUGUUGUUCUAGCACAGAGCGAAAACCGGCGGCGGGCGUCAGAAUUGUCUCGCCCGCAUCACUUCCUCCGGCAGUCGUUUCACGGGAAGAGUCGGCUGCGAGCCCGAGGGCAGCGCAGGCAGAAACUGAAAGCCUUCGCUGUGCAGGCUUAUGCGUGGCAUCCUGCAGCAGGCACGAAGAGGAAGUGGCAACAUCUACAGAUGAAGGUACAAGCUGCAGAGAGAGCAUCAGCGAAACGGCUUCGGAUGCGCGGGUGGGCGAAGAUUUCCUUCAGCCUGACUCGGUUGACCACCUUCGAUCCCUGCAGCUGCUGCCCACUGAAUCGUCUGGCCAUGAUCAGAUGGCUGAAGAAGGAUCUAUUGGGCACUCACUUCCUGAAGAGGGGAGCGUCUUGAGCUGCGUUUCGCCCGUCGAUUACUGGGACACAAUCGAGGUGGACUUGUACGUCGCGCCGACGCUGCAUGUACUCCGGCACCAUCGGUCUCACACUGGAGAUCAUGAGAAGUGUGCCAGUGUGCCCGUGGGAUCUCUCAUGAGUAAUAAGUGCAGCUGCAAUGAUGUCGGUUGGUGUACGCGAAAAUCACUGACAGCAAGUGGCGGGGGCCUGCGGUACCUCGACAGUGACCUUUUGGUAGUCAAACUCAAGCAGUCUUCGCUCAUGGUUCAGGACGACGAUGGACUUCUGCAUCUCGAUGUCAUGCCAUCAUUUGAAGGCUGCCUCUUCGUCACUAACCUAGGCUUGUCGCGAAAAUCUUUCUCAAAAUAUUCGCGGCUGCUGCGUCCAUUACCAUUUCGCCGAUUCCUGUUCUUCGUUCUUUCUCAAGGUCACCUCUUCUGGUUCAGGUCGUCGCGGGACUUCGUGACUCGGGGGUUUUCAGCAGCUAUUGGUAGCAUAUCUCUCAUCAUCAACCAAUGCCGGGUGGAAGUUACCGAGUCAUCUCCCGCUGUCCCGGGAGGCCAGUUUCUUCUUGAGUUUCACGAAUGGGGCAGAACGAUUGAGUUUCGGGCUGGUGCGUGUGGAGGUGGUAAACGUAAAAGGAGGAGCCGUGCAGAAGCAGAGAACAGCAAGGGAGCGUGGGUUCAGCAGCUCCUCGCUACCAUUCAGAAGGGUGAGCAAAUUCGAGAGAGCUUCCGGAACGUGGACUGGGCGCAGACACAACGCCACGCCAUGCUGGUAGCGGAACGUUUUGGUGUUGUUUGA